AUGGCAUUUCCUUUGGAAAUUCUUUUGUUCUUUCUUAUUGCAUUGCCAAUUUCUGAUGUGCAUGCAGACAUCAUUAUCUCCCCAUGGAGAUAUGAAGCGUAUAACAAUUUUGAAGGGGGUCACAGAGUGGGCGUUACCCGCAAGCAUCAUCGCCCCAAGUUUAGCCCUAGCCAAUGGAAGGAGGCUCAUGCUACCUUCUAUGAAGGAAACUCCGGAACAUUUGGAGGAGCUUGUGGGUAUCAAGAUGUGGUUAAAGAAGGUUAUGGGCUUGACACAACAGCAUUGAGCACAGCUUUGUUCAACAAUGGCCGGACAUGUGGGGCAUGUUUCCAGAUCAAAUGUGUAAACUCUCAAUGGUGUAAAGGCCAAUCCUCUAUUUAUGUCACAGCCACCGACCUUUGCCCUCCAAAUUAUAGUAUACCAAGUGACAAUGGAGGAUGGUGCAACCCACCACGCAAGCACUUUGACUUAGCCAUCCCUUCAUAUCUCAAAUUUGCAGAAUACAGGGGUGGCAUUGUGCCAGUCAUAUAUCGCAGGUUACAUAUACAUGAUCUAUUUUCAUAG